AAAUGCUACUUCCUGGUGUGGCUGGAAGGGGAGCGCAGCGCCGCAUCAAGGAUGGCUUCUUAUGAACCCUCAUUUUGUUUAUCUGACAAUAGUAUUGUGAAGGAAUAGGAGAUAUCUUGCACGAAAAUAAGGCGGAGAGCCGGUGGUGGUCACGAGCAGUGUUAGCACUCUCGUCGUACUACGCACCACUUGCUCUCUCCGUGUGUUUACUUGUCAUUGCUGUGCUGGUUAGCCCACAUAGUAAAUAGUAGCAAGCGAAGCUAGCUUGCCUACUAUUGAUCACUAAAAUGGCCACCAUGGAGAAACUAAUGAAGGCCUUUGAGUCUCUGAAGUCAUUCCAGCAGCAACAGGGGCCACCAACCGCAGAGGAGCUGGUUCAGAGGCAGAAAAAGGAACAGGCUACCACAAAAAAAGACAGGGUUACCCACUGUUUGACAAUAUGUGAAAACAUUGUUGCUCAGUCUUUAAGAACAUCUCCAGAGUUUCAAAAACUACUGGGCAUCGCCAUGGAGAUGUUCUUGCUCUGCACUGACGACAGUGAAUCAGAUGUCCGCAUGGUGGCUGACGAGUGCCUGAAUAAAAUCAUAAAAGCUCUGAUGGACUCCAACCUGCCCAGGCUGCAGCUGGAGUUGUACAAAGAAAUUAAAAAGAACGGUGCCUCUCGGAGUCUAAGGGCAGCUUUGUGGAGGUUUGCUGAGCUUGCCCACCUCAUCAGACCACAGAAAUGCAGACCCUACCUGGUCAACCUGUUGCCAUGCCUCACUAGAAUCACUAAGAGGCAGGAGGAGAUGGUGCAAGAAACGCUGGCUGCAGCAAUGCCCAAGAUUAUGGUGGCGUUGGGGCACUUUGCCAACGACGGAGAAAUCAAGGUACUGCUGAAGGCGUUUGUGGCUAACUUGAACUCCAGCUCUCCAACCAUCAGGCGGACAGCAGCCAGUUCAGCCGUUAGCGUUUGCCAACACUCCAGAUGUACCAGCUACUUCUAUACCUGGCUUCUUAAUGUUCUGCUUGGUCUGUUAGUUCCAGUGGAUGAAGAGCACCCCAGCCAUCUGAUACUGGGGGUGCUAUUAACACUUCGCUAUCUGAUGCCUCUGCUGCAGCAACAAGUCAAAAACACUAGCCUCAAAGGAAGUUUUGGAGUCAUGAGAAAGGAGGCUGACAUACAGCCGACGCCUGAACAACUCCUACAGGUGUACGAGCUUACCCUGCACUGCACACAGCACUGGGAUCACAAUGUAGUCACAGCUGCUCUGGAGCUCCUGCAGCAGAUGUUCAGAACACCUCCACCAGAGCUCCUGCACAUUCUCAUCAGUGCUGGCAGCAUUCCACAUGCCACAGUGUUUCGCCAGGACACAGAGAGCCGUGCCCGCUCCAGCAGCAUCCUCGAACUCAUUGCAGGGGGAGGUUCUUCCAGCAGUCCGCUUCUUCUCAGGAAGCAGAGAGGUAAAAUGCUUUCUGGAGAGGAGGAUGGGCUGGAAGAUGACCCUGAGAAGACAGAUGUCACCACAGGAGCCUUCACGGCGUCAGUUGUUGGUGCAGACACCUCGUCUACAGCCCAGGUGGACAUCAUCACUGAGCAGCCACGCUCCUCGCAGCACACGUUGCAACCUGGCGACUCCGUGGAUCUCAGCGCCUCCUCAGAGCAGGGUGGCGGAGGGGGCGGCACUUCUGCAUCUGACACUCCCGAAUCACCCAAUGACAAUGAGGAGGAAAUGCUAAGCCGGAGCUCCAGCGGGGGGGCCAAUAUUACACCUGAGACGGCUGACUACACCACCCCAGAGAAUGCUACGCCAGAGGGAGGGCCUUUGGGAGAAGGUGGAACCCUGCUGGGUACUAAUGAUCGCUCCCUUCCACCAAGCGAUUCUUCACAAACUACCACAGAGGGACCGGAUUCAGCCAUCACCCCCUCUGACGUAGCAGAACUGGUGCUAGAUGGCAGUGAGAGUCAGUAUUCUGGAAUGCAGAUUGGAACACUACAGGAUGAAGAAGAUGAUGGAGCAGCACCUUCCUCCCAGGAGGAACGACAAGAACCCCCAUUCCUGCAGUCAGCACUGGCUCUGAGCAAGCCGCAUCUUUUCGACGGCCGAGGUCACAACCGGCAAGGUUCAGAUGGCAGCGUUGACCGCUUUAUACCAAAGGAUGAACCUGCAGAACCUGACAACAAGCCGUCGCGGAUAAAGGGUCCAAUUGGUCAUUACACAGACCAAGGGGUGGAGCCACUGGUGCACUGUGUGCGACUUCUUGCUGCUUCCUUUCUACUGACAGGACAAAAAAAUGGUCUAAUACCUGACAAAGAGGUGAGAGUGAGCGUCAAGGCCCUGGCAGUCAGCUGUGUAGGGGCAGCAGCAGCGCUGCACCCUGAAGCUUUCUUUAAUUCCCUCUACCUGGAGCCGCUGGACGGCAUUCCAGCCGAAGAGCAGCAGUAUAUUAGUGACGUGCUGGGCCUCAUUGACCAUGGAGACCCACAGAUCAGAGGGGCCACAGCUAUACUCUGUGGAGCCAUCAUUCAGGCGGCGCUUACCAAAACGCGUUACAACAUACACACCUGGCUGGCCGGUGUGAGCAGUGCAACAGGUAACCCUCUGUCCCUGGUGGACUUGAUGCCUUUGCUUCACAAAUCUCUGAAAGAUGAAUCUUCCGUCACCUGCAAGAUGGGGUGCUCAGCAGUGAGACAUUGCUUAAUGACAGUAUGCAGCAGUACCAUAAGUGAGCUCGGCCUGCAGUUGGCGAUAGACUUGCUGUCUCUGAAGGACUCUUCCUAUUGGCUUGUUCGGACUGAGCUCUUGGAGACCCUGGCUGAGAUGGACUUCCGGUUGGUUAGUUUCCUGGAGAGGAAAACUGAGAGUUUGCACAAAGGAGAUCAUCAUUACACUGGGCAACUGAGGCUGCAGGACAGAGUCCUCAAGGAUGUUUUCAUCCAUCUGUUGGGAGAUGAUGAUCCAAGAGUGCGGCAUGUGGCUGCCUCUGCUAUAAGCAGGCUUGUUCUUAAGUUAUUCUAUGACUGUGACCAGGGCCAGGUGGACCCAGUGGUGGCUAUUGCCCGGGACCAAAGUUCAGUGUAUCUACAGCUGCUUAUGCAUGAGACACAACCUCCCUCCCAGUUCACAGUUAGCACAAUAACAAGGACAUACAGAGGAUAUAACCUGUCCAGUGCCAUGUCUGAUGUUACUUUGGAGAACAACUUGUCCAGAGUUGUUGGCGCCAUCGCCCAUGCUCUUACCUCCUCUACUUCCAGAGCCCUAACUUUUGGUUGUUGUGAGGCCCUGUGCCUCCUGACUUCAAAGUUCCCAGUGUGCACUUGGAGCACAGGCUGGCUCUGUGGCUAUGUCAGCUCUAGUAGCAACUUCUCCUCUCGCUCCAGCCUCAACCGCAGCAGAGGCAGGGCCCUAAGUUUGUCACAGUCCAUCAGUGCAUCAGGAUCUUCAACAAACUCUUCAUCGACACCUGAUGCUGAGCGUAGAAGCCUAACGGUGGGAAUGGCCAACAUGGUCCUCUCUUUACUCUCCUCUGCCUGGUUUCCUUUGGAUCUCUCUGCACACCAGGAUGCACUCUUGCUUUCUAGCAAUCUGCUUGCUGCUGUUGCUCCUAAAUGCUUGCGCAACCCCUGGGCUGGCGAGGAGGAUGGCAGCAGUGGGAGCACAAACACCAGUGGGGGUCCAAAUAAGAUGGAGGAACCCUGGGCGGCACUUUCAGAGCAUGCCCUUGUGGCCAUGGUUGAGCAGCUCUUUUCCCACCUGUUGAAGGUCCUCAACAUCUGUGCCCAUGUGUUGGACGACACACCACCUGGACCAGCAGUGAAGGCCAGCCUUCCCUCUCUGAGCAACACUCCCUCCCUCAGUCCCAUCCGGAGAAAGGGCAAAGACAAGGACGCUGCUGAAUCCAGUGCUGCCCCCAUGAGCCCCAAAAAAAGCAAUGAGCUUAACACAGGUAGGCCAGCAGAUGGGACAAGCUCAACAUCGAUCAACAAAUCUACUACCAUUGGCAGCUUCUACCACCUCCCGCCCUACCUCAAGCUCUAUGAUGUCCUCAAAGCUACUCAUGCCAACUACAAGGUGACGUUGGACCUUCACAGUAGUCAGGAGAAAUUUGGAGGUUUCCUACGUGCCACCUUAGAUGUUCUGUCUCAGCUGCUGGAGCUGGCUACACUACAUGACAUUAGCAAAUGUGUUGAGGAAAUUUUGGGAUACCUCAAGUCCUGCUUUUCCAGAGAACCAACCAUGGCUACUGUUUGUGUACAGCAGCUGUUGAAGACAUUGUUUGGCACCAAUCUAGCCUCCCAGUACGAAGGUGUUCUUAGUGGGCCCAGUCGUUCCCAGGGCAAGGCUCUUCGUCUUGGCUCUUCAAGCCUGCGACCAGGUCUCUACCAUUACUGCUUCAUGGCCCCUUACACACACUUCACCCAAGCUCUGGCCGACGCCAGUCUUCGUAAUAUGGUGCAGACUGAUCAGGAGCAGGACAUGUCUGGUCCUUAUUUGUCCACCAGGUGGUUUGAUGUCAUGCAAAAAGCGUCCAUCCAGAUGAAGUCCAACAUUGCAAAUGCAACACGCAACAGAGGAGACAAGAAUGCCAUCCACAACCACAUUCGUCUGUUUGAGCCACUGGUGAUCAAAGCGUUGAAGCAGUACACCACCAGCACCUCUGUGGCCCUUCAGAGACAAGUGCUGGACCUGCUUGCCCAGCUUGUGCAGCUCAGAGUCAACUACUGCUUACUUGACUCGGAUCAGGUGUUCAUAGGCUUUGUUCUCAAGCAGUUUGAGUAUAUUGAAGUAGGACAGUUCAGAGAUUCCGAGGCCAUCAUUCCCAACAUUUUUUUCUUCCUGGUUCUGCUGUCUUAUGAGCGUUACCACUCUAAGCAGAUCAUUAGCAUUCCGAAGAUCAUUCAGCUGUGUGACGGCAUCAUGGCAAGCGGCAGAAAAGCUGUCACGCACGCCAUUCCAGCAUUGCAGCCAAUAGUUCAUGACCUAUUUGUCUUGAGAGGUUCAAACAAAGCAGAUGCAGGCAAAGAGCUGGAUACACAGAAAGAAGUGGUGGUCUCCAUGUUGCUCAGACUCGUACAGUACCAUCAGGUGUUGGAGAUGUUCAUCCUUGUACUGCAGCAAUGUCACAAAGAGAAUGAGGAUAAGUGGAAGCGAUUGUCAAGACAGAUCGCUGAUGUCAUGCUUCCUAUGAUUGCCAAGCAACAGAUGCAUCUGGACUCUCCAGAGGCACUAGGAGUGUUGAAUACUCUGUUUGAGACUGUGGCGCCCUCCUCCCUCAGACCUGUAGACAUGUUGCUCAAGAGUAUGUUUACCAUCCCUGCCACCAUGGCGUCAGUAGCCACAGUCCAGCUCUGGGUGUCUGGCAUCCUGGCAGUGCUCAGGGUGCUCGUCUCCCAGUCAACGGAGGACAUAGUCAUGUCCAGGGUCCACGAGCUUUCACUCUCCCCACAUCUGCUUUCCUGCCCCACUGUCCGUCGCCUCCAUCGGCAACGCUCCUCCCCAAAUGACCCACCUGUUGCCGACCUCUUUAGCAACCCGGACUCUAGUGCUGAAGAUCAAAAAGGCCCGCCUGAGGAAACCUUUGCCAGGUUUCUGCUGCAGCUGGUAGGAAUUCUGCUGGAUCAUAUUUCCUCUAGACAGGUUAAAGUGGAUCUUACAGAACAGCAGCACACCUUCUACUGCCAGCAGCUGGGCACAUUGCUUAUGUGUCUUAUUCACAUCUUCAAAAGUGGAAUGUUUCGCAGGAUAACUGCUGCAGCCAGCCGUCUCCUGAAGGGCGAGAGUGGCACUGGACAGACUGGGCCCGAUGCUGACCUCUUUUACCCUUUAGAGGGGUUGAACAGCAUGGUCCAGUCUCUCAUCACCACCCAUCCCUCCCUGGUUCUGCUCUGGUGCCAGGUUCUCCUCAUCAUCAACUACACCAACUACUCGUGGUGGGCUGAGGUCCACCAGACACCUAGGAGAAACAGCCUGUCAUGCACAAAGCUGCUGAGCCCUCAUUCGUCAGGCGAAGGUGAAGAGGACAAGACCGAAAGCCAGUUAGCAAUGGUCAACAGAGAGAUUGUUCGUCGGGGAGCCCUCAUCCUUUUCUGUGACUAUGUGUGUCAGAACCUCCACGACUCAGAACAUUUGACCUGGCUCAUUGUGAACCACGUGCGUGACCUCAUCAGCCUUUGCCACGAGCCUCCAGUGCAGGAUUUCAUUAGUGCUGUGCACCGUAACUCAGCUGCUAGUGGCUUGUUUAUCCAGGCCAUCCAGUCUCGCUGUGACAACCUCACAACACCUACCAUGUUGAAGAAGACCUUGCAGUGUCUGGAAGGCAUUCAUCUGAGUCAGUCUGGCUCCCUUCUGAUGCUGUAUGUGGACAAGUUGCUCAAUACACCCUUCAGGGUCCUGGCUCGCAUGGUGGACACACUGGCGUGUCGUAGAGUAGAGAUGCUGCUGGCUGAGACGCUUCAGAACAGUAUAGCUCAGCUACCUGUGGAGGAACUAAACAGAAUCCAAGAAUACCUCCAGAGCAGUGGCCUGGCUCAGAGGCAUCAGAGGUUCUACUCCCUGCUGGACAGGUUCAGAGCCACUGUUGCCGACACCACCAGCCCCACACCUCCUGUGACACCACACCCCUUGGAUGGGGAUCCACCACCUGCCCCUGAACUGGUUAUUGCAGACAAGGAGUGGUAUGUGACUCUGGUAAAGUCUCAGUGCUGCCUCUGUGGAGAUGUGUGCUUGCUGGAGACUACAGAACUUCUUACCAAGCUGCCCCCCACUGAUCUCUUAAACAUCAUGCGAUGCAAGGAGUUCAACCUCAGCCUGUUGUGUCCAUGCUUAAGUAUGGGCGUGCAGCGGAUAGCACGGAAUCAGGGCUCACUCCUCUUGGAGACUGCCUUGCAGGUGACCCUGGAACAAAUUGCAGGGGUCACUGGGUCGCUUCCACUCCCACACCAGUCCUUCCUGCCACCCGCCCACCCACAGCCCUACUGGGAACAGCUGGCAGAUGUUUAUGAUGAGCCAGGCUUCUACCCCAAGGUUUUGUCGCUCUGCCGAGCUCUGUCCCAGUACUUGCUGAGUGUGAGCCAGCUGCCCUCUUCAUUCCAUAUUCCCCCUGACAAAGAACACCUCAUCACCGCUUUCACCUGCACUGCCACUGAGGUGGUAGUGUGGCGUUUGCUCCAGGACCAUUUGCCCCUCAGUGUGGACCUGCAGUGGGCUUUGUCCUGCCUGUGUCUUGCUCUGCAGCAGCCGUGUGUGUGGAACAAGCUGUCCACCCAGGAGUACACUACGCACACUUGCUCACUCAUCUACUGCCUACGCCUAAUCAUAGCUGCAGUGGCUGUAAGUCCCGGUGACCAGCUGCUGCAUCCAGAGAAGAAAAAGAGAAAGGCAGAGAGCGAUGCUGAUGGAGACGAAGUGGAUUUUCAUGCUAACUACAUGUGUGAGUGGCAGGCAUGUGAGAUCAUGGCAGAGCUGGUGGAAGGUCUGCAGAGCAUUCUCUCCCUGGGUCACCAUAGAAACAGCAUAUUCCCUGCUUUUCUCACAUCACCAUUGCGCAACAUCGUAAUAAGUCUCUCCCGAUUACCUCUUGUCAACAGCUAUACCAGAGUACCUCCACUGGUUUGGAAACUGGGCUGGUCCCCUCAGCCAGGAGGAGAAUUCUGCACAACACUGCCUGAGAUCCCUGUGGACUUCCUGCAGGAAAAGGAUGUCUUCAGAGAGUUUCUUUACCGCAUCAACACACUGGGCUGGAGCAGCCGGACUCAGUUUGAAGAGACUUGGGCUACUCUGCUGGGGGUGCUGGUCACCCAACCCAUCACUAUGGAUCAGGAGGAGGAAACUCAGCAGGAGGAGGACUUGGAGCGUACUCAGUUGAAUGUGUUAGCAGUGCAGGCCAUAACCAGCCUGGUGCUGAGUGCCAUGACUCUACCCACUGCUGGGAACCCUGCGGUCAGCUGUCUGGAACAGCAGCCUCGCAACAAGAGCCUCAAAGCCCUGGAAACAUGGUUUGGAAGGAAACUUGCAGUGAUCAGGGGUGAGGUAGAGAGAGAGAUUCAGGCUCUGGUGUCAAAAAGAGAUAAUGUGCACACACACCACCCAUACCAUGCCUGGGACCCUGUGCCCUCACUCUCUGCUGCAUCUGCAGCUGGUACAUUGAUCAGCCAUGAGAAGCUGCUUUUGCAGAUCAACACAGAAAGAGAGAUGGGCAACAUGGACUACAAACUAGGACAGGUCUCCAUCCACUCGGUGUGGCUGGGCAACAACAUUACUCCCCUCAGGGAAGAAGAAUGGGGUGAGGAUGAAGAAGAUGAGGCAGACAAUCAAGCUCCAACCUCUCCGCCUGUAUCUCCCAUCAACUCUAGGAAACAUCGUGCUGGUGUGGACAUACACUCAUGUUCUCAGUUCCUUCUGGAGCUCUACAGCCAGUGGCUGAUCCCUGGUUCCUCCAUUAACAGGAGGACACCAACCAUCCUCAUCAGUGAAGUGGUCCGAUCGCUGCUGGCGGUGUCGGACCUGUUCACAGAGAGGAACCAGUUCGACAUGAUGUUCUCCACCCUGAUGGAUCUACAGAAACUCCACCCGCCAGAAGAUGAGAUUCUUAAUCAGUACCUGGUGCCUGCCAUCUGCAAGGCUGCUGCUGUGCUGGGCAUGGACAAAGCAAUUGCUGAGCCUGUGUGUCGGCUGUUGGAGACGACGCUGCGUAGCACCCACCUGCCCAGUCGCAUGGGGGCCCUGCAUGGGGUGCUGUAUGUGUUGGAGUGUGACCUGUUAGAUGACACAGCCAAGCAGUUAAUUCCCACGGUGUCCGAAUACCUGCUGUCCAAUCUCCGGGCUAUUGCUCACUGUGUUAACCUGCAUAACCAGCAGCAUGUGCUGGUGAUGUGUGCAGUUGCCUUCUACAUGAUGGAAAACUACCCUCUGGAUGUAGGAGCUGACUUCAUGGCUGGAGUCAUACAGUUAUGUGGUGUGAUGGUGUCAGCCAGCGAGGACUGCACACCCUCAAUCAUCUAUCACUGUGUGCUGCGAGGCCUGGAGCGACUCCUGCUGUCGGAGCAGUUGUCCCGUGUGGACGGAGAAGCACUAGUGAAGCUGAGCGUGGACAGAGUCAACAUGCCGUCGCCGCACAGAGCCAUGGCUGCACUGGGACUCAUGCUCACCUGCAUGUACACUGCGGUGCUUGCGUCGGGUUCUGACGUGACAGGGGUUAGAGGUCAGGUUGACUCUGGCACUGCCGCAGUGGAGGCUGCGGGCGUCACGGCAGGUCAUGUUGCUUUCUCCUCAGGCAAGGAGAAAGCCAGCCCUGCCGGCCGCCCGGCCCACCCUGACCCCCAGGCCCCAGACAGCGAGUCCAUCAUUGUUGCCAUGGAGAGGAUCUCUGUCCUCUUCGACAGAAUCAGGAAGGGCUUACCCAGCGAGGCUCGGGUAGUGUCCAGAAUUCUGCCCCAGUUUCUGGAAGACUUCUUCCCACCACAGGAUGUCAUGAACAAGGUCAUCGGAGAGUUCCUGUCCAAUCAGCAGCCUUACCCGCAAUUCAUGGCCACUGUUGUCUACAAGGUUUUCCAGACUCUCCAUGCUACAGGCCAGUCAUCUAUGGUGCGUGAUUGGGUGCUGCUCUCGUUGUCCAAUUUCACUCAGAGGACACCAGUGGCUAUGGCAAUGUGGAGCCUCUCCUGCUUCUUUGUUUCUGCUUCCACCUCCCAGUGGAUCUCAGCGCUACUGCCACAUGUGAUCAGUCGAAUGGGCUCCAGUGAAGUGGUGGACGUCAACCUGUUCUGUCUCGUGGCCAUGGAUUUCUACCGGCACCAGAUUGACGAAGAGCUGGACCGCCGUGCUUUUCAAUCCGUCUUUGAGACCGUAGCCUCGCCUGGCAGCCCUUAUUACAAGCUGCUGGGCUGCCUGCGGUCAAUUCACCAGGAUACGUCACUCUGAGUUGUCAAAUGAAAUGUCCAAAUACACCUUCCCCCUGGAGUUGUAAUGGAGAAGGUCAGAAUGUUUUAUUAAAAAGAGUAGAAAAAUCCUGUAGCCUCACCCCUUCCACUGAUCUAAAAGAAUUAAAUAGAACUACUGAAGUCCAUGAAGUGAGUAAGUGAAACCUAAGGGAGCUCUGUCAGAUUUAAGCUGUUAAGGUUUGUAAAAUAAAAAAAGUCUUUGAAUAGGAUAUGGGCAGGUUCAUACAGCAUACUGGCUGCAACCCAUCAAAAUGUGGUUCUGCCUGCAACAAUCACCCGCCCCUACAGAGUUCCUGUUCCUGGAGAUGAGUGGCCAUGAACCCAGCACCAUGAUUGAAGGGAAAACAUGAGUACAAUAAUCAAACACAAAAUUGGAUUUGUUCAUUUUCCUGUGAGAACUUACGUUGUGAUGUCAGUAAAGUGAAAAGGGGGGGUGUAAAGUAUUUAUUUCAGUGCGUCUGUUUGUGGGUGAGGUUAGAGCACUGAGGAAAAGGAACGCCUGCUCAACACGCUCAAAGAUAAAUUUUAUAUUUAAGCUGUGGUCAUUAUGACAUCGAUGAAUAGGUUGUAUAAGAAGGAUAGGGACCUUUUUUCACGAGGAGCAGGAAUUGUUUGUUGCUGUUGAAUUGGUCACUGUAGAAAAAGCAGCUUGAAUCUAUUUCACCAAGUUGUCACAGCGCCCACGUCCGUUCAGUGGCCGUUCCAUUGAGAUGGUAUAUGCAGUUAGUAUUACAAAAAAAGCUUAAUGCUCUGCUACGUUUUCAAAAUAAAAUCUAGUUUCACCUAUUUUAGACCCUGUGAAUCUACUUUUCAGAACAAUGGAAACUCAUCCAGCAGAAAAAUACCAAAAUGUUGUCUUCAUAUUUUUUACGUCACAUGGACGAAGCAUUUCCUCUAGUGGUUUCACUGCUAGUAUCUGUCUGGUUUUAUUUCUCUUGCACCCACAUGAUGCCACUUUGCUUUUUUAAUUCUCAGGAUGUAAGAUGUGACUAUUGUUGUAAUGUGACUGGAAGUAAUUCGGUCAUCUUUAAAUGGAGUUACCUACUUGUAAAAAGUAAAUGUAAUAUUGAAGCCAUGGUGCAUGAUAAAAUAACUGUAAAGAGAGAUCUUAAAUAGAUGGAAGAUGUGAUAUUUUCUGUUCAGUCUUAACACACACUAAGGAAAUGGAAAAAUGAAAUCAUUACAAAAUACUCUAGUCUUUUAUUUCAGAUAUGACCUUGUGUUGCCUACGAGUGUUCUGGGCAUCUUUACUCUGUACAUACACUUGCCUUAGAUAAAAGACUGAAUAUAUGUAUGUCCUGUACACAAAGCUUGAACGCAUGCUUAGCAUUACUGCGUUGAUCUUGCAUAGUCCUAAAUACAGCAUUUCCAUGGGUACGGUUGUUAUGACACUUGCGUAUGUGAAGGACAUGCAACACAAUCCAAAGGGAGCCUUUUAACCUUUGUGACGGACAGCAGCUUUGACAAAUCAACACACGAGGAAGUGUAGCAUGGUGAUGUCACACGACCGUGACAGGUUUUGUUUUUGUUGAGCUUUAAAUAUUGUUGCAAUUGAAGAUAAUGGUAAAUAUUUCAUCAUUUAUUGUCUGUGUGCUGAAUAUUAAAGACAUCUAGCACUUAAAACUUGAAGGUCUCAUGUUAGAUGCAUUUUUCCUACAGUACAGAGAUUUAAAAACUUCCCAGCUGCUGAACAUGUUACUACUUUACAACCUUUAAGGCAAUGUGACUGGUUUACUUUGACCAUGAUAAAAUAUAUUCACACAGUGAAUGACUGUCUCCUGCAGCUGUCAUUAACACUCCAGAUCACAUUAAAAGAGUGAGAACUGGU